ACCAGGAGGAUUUCUUAUUUUGCUCUUUAACUGAGACUUAGACUGACAAAUACCAUUUGAUGAAUAUUUAAUGCUAAUAAUUAUAAAAUGGCUGAUGUAGCUUUCAAGGAUCAGGACCACUUCAGCUGUCCUAUAUGUCUGGAUCCACUUGAGAAACCGGUAACAAUUCCGUGUGGACAUAACUACUGCAUGGAUUGUAUUGAGGAUUACUGGAAUGAGGACAAGCACUUGGAGUCCUAUAGCUGUCCCGAAUGCAGAGAGACUUUCACAAACAGGCCUGCUCUCAACAAAAACACCAUGUUCGAUGAGGUGGUAAAGAAAUUAAAAAAGGCAAGAUUGCAGGAUGCCUCACCUUGCAACCCUGGACCUGCAAACAUGGACUGUAGUAUCUGCACUGGACGAAAAAGGCAAGCUGUUAAAUUGUGCCCGGAGUGUGUCGAGUCAUCCUGUGAGGCUCAUACGACUGGGAAUGACAAAGGAAACAGUGAAGAAAAACACAUUGUAAUAGUCAUUAACAGGGAGCCUCGAUCAGAUAUCUGUCUCCGUCACAACAUCCCACUGGAGGUCUAUUGUCGGACUGACCGGCAGUUGAUCUGUUCUCUUUGCUUCACUGAAAGCCAUAGAGAUCAUGAUGCGGUUUCAGUCGCGCCAAUAAGCUCAGAAACACAUGAGCAUAAAAGUUCUCUCAUGAAUACAGGGCAUGGGAACAGGCACACAUCCCAUAAGCAUGGAAGGAGGAAAAACAAAAGAAACAGUCAUGGUUCUGGACAUGGAGGUAAACACAGAAGCAGCUCCAGAAAGACCUUACGUUUAAAAAACAACCAAGAAGUGAGUCAUCAUGAAAGUCAUGGAAGUAAUAUGAUCAAGCAUGGGCACGGUGUAGGAGGUGGGCACAUGAAUAGUAAACCUAGGCAUAGACAUGGAAGCCGGCACGUGAGCAGCAGAAAUGAGAGAAGUCAACGCUAAUAUUAAAAAAGAUUUAUAUCAGGAGAUUGGUGAGGAAUACGGCAUGAGUUUGCCCAUGAGGAAGCAUGCUAUUGUUAUUCUCUAUUUGAACAGCAGAUACUUAAUACUUGUGUGUUUAGAUCUUCUAAUGAUGCUAAAUUUUGUACCUACAUUCUGUCUUCAGUGUGAAAUCUUUCAUGUUCCAUCUACUAAACGUAUUUAAACAGUUAGGUCUAUCAGUAUAUAGUGAAUCUGUUUACACUAUAUGUGGUUUAAAACAACGUAGAAUAGUUGAAUGCAAACAGUUUCACACACUUUAAUUCAAAAGUGCAAAAUAAGUUUGAUUUUCUCUGAUGCACAUUCUGAUAUUAAUAGUGAAUGAAUCCAUUUGUGAACUUUUAUUCCACUUGCUUCCUAUAAGCCUUCAAGCUGUGCCAAUGUUUCUUCCAAAUAAUUAGCUGAUUGUAACAGUGACCUGUACUGACACAGUCUUUUUCUAAAAUUGUAUAACUCAAUGAAAGGUUAUUUUCUGUUUCAAGAUUUGUGAUUACAUCAUGUCUGAUCCCAUUAACAUUUGCCUUCUUGAAUGUUAGACUGUAUGAAUCUGUGUCAAUACAUUAGACACAUUAAUGAAGUGCAUUCAAAUAAACAGACCCAUGGUUCUCAAAA